GUUGCAUUUUCCUUACACCAAUUCUGUUUAAAUAAAUAAAAAAGAAAACAAAAAAAUGGCUAGUGUAUCUCGUAAAAAACUAAGUGAUCUUAUUCUAGACGAACCCAUCGAUUUCGUUGUGACUGCAUUAAUUCUCUCCAAAACCGAUCCAAAUAUAUUUCAACAAAAAGAAUCCACCGAACAACGUGGUGUGAUUUUAUUCACCAUUCGAGAUGGUAAAAAAUCUAUAACAAAUUGUAAAUGUUGGGCAUCUAAAGAGAAAAUCGAAGAAUAUCAUCGUAAGUUUAAUAUAAAUGAUGUUAUUGAUAUAAUUUGUGCUAGAGUUGUUCCAAUUCGUAAUAACGAACAAGAACAACAUUUCCAGCCAACCGUUACUUUGCCAUUUCAAUUGGUUUUAAAUGAAGGCAUUGGCUUCAUAGAAGAACAUGUUGGCGAUACCAAAGAACUAUUGAGUCUUUCGAGAUUAUCCAUUCGACCAUUGAGUAGUGUUUUGAAUUUAUCUGAUAUAAGUUCGACAAAUGUUAAUUUCAAAGGUCAUUACGUUGAUUUACUUGUUAUUAUUGCUCUAAUGAAACCGGUAAAAGAGGUUAGGGCGAAGUCUGGUUAUCCACUAAAGUGUUUAGAACUUGUGGUCAUUGAUAAGAGCCUCCCUAGCGGAAUGGUUUUGACAAUAUGGAAUAGCAGUUGGAUUGAACGAUCACAGAAAAAUUGGAAACAAAUGAAAACGAUUUUGCAUUUGAUUGAUGCUCGAGUUGGGUAUCAGGAAUUUCACAAGACAACUACUUUGGGUUUGAGUUCAAGAAGUUUGGUUUUUGAAAAUCCUGUUGGAAAAGAAAUGGAAGUAUUGGCAGAGUAUGCCAACAAUACGCCAUCUGUUGAUUUGGAUAUUUUUGGAAGAAGUCUUCGUGAUACUUUACCUGAUCCGAGUUCUAUAAAAACUCCAAUGACUGUCAGACAAAUUUAUGAUCAUGCAGAGGCUUCAACAAAGGAAGAAUCAGAUGAAUUUACAGCUGUGCUUCUAGCGACCGUUACAAAGCUUGAUUUAGACGGUUACACGUCAGUUAUUGCUAAAAAAUGUCAAUCCUGCGGUCAUCGAAUGCUUCGUGACCAAUACAUUUGCGACAACGAACAAUGCCAGAUGAGUUUUUCCUUCAACUAUAGCGGUGAUAAGUUUACCCGCUUCAUCGAUAUAAAUAUUCAUUUCAGUGACCAUACUGGAACCUUGGUUGAAAGUCGCAUCACUGGAGCAAUUGCAGAUCAAAUUUUUAAAACAACAACAGACGAGUUCGUACGAAGCAAUGACAAACAAAAAGAAACUUUAAAAUGGAAGUUUCUCUUGGAGAGAUUCGAAGUGAAAUUGUUAGUUAAAAAACCUACUCCAGUUCGUCAAAAUUUGUAUGUUCAAGUGAUUGAUAUGCAAAAGUUAAGUUUGAAAGAAUUUUCAGAAAGAAUUGCAGUUUAUUAAUAUUUUAUUGAAAUAAAUUAAUAAAUUAAUCAAUUGAUUUAU